CCUCCGCCCAGGCCUGUCCGCCCACAGCUGGUCCCUGCUGGGAAGGGGCGGAUGGUCGGACGGACGGACGGACAGCAGGACCAGCAGCCUCCCCGCGGGCACUUCCCAGAGCUCCAGCCGGAGGCGGCGGGGAUGGCGGCGCUGGAACCAGGGACCAGGAGGACACUGAGGCCCCGGACGGUCCUGGGCCAGUGGGGAGACCAGCCCCCGGGGGGGCUGACCCCUCUCAGCUCCAGGGCCGACGGGUACAGAGGCCCGGCUGCCCCGUCGGGACUCAGCACUGCGGGUGCUUAUUUAUCUGGAAGCACCUAAGAGGGUAAAGCGGGGUGGAGGGACCCACGGACAGGGUGGGGGACUUCGCGGAUGGGGUCAUGUGCCCAAUGUGAAGGGGACAGUUCCACCCGGAGACCGGGGACUGUGUUUUCUGAUCCUCUGAUUUACCAGAAGGUGAAAAUCCUGAUUCGAACAUGAAAGCUCUCCCCGCGAGUCGGGGGGCUCUGUGAGGCAGCGGCCUGUCCCCUCCGGAGCUAACCGCAGGGAGGGUGGGAGCGGCCCUCCCCGCCGGCCACCUCCACCCCUUCCCUCUCCGGCCUCUCCCGCCCUUCUCCUCCCCUGGCUCAUCCCCUUCCCUCCUUAGUCUGCCUGCCGGCCGCACCCCUAGCUGUACCCCAGGCCUGGAGGGGCGCAUCCCCUCCCUCCCCUCCUCACGGGCUGUGCCCGCCGGCCGCACCCCCACCACUGCCGGGCUCAGGCCCCCUGGCUCCAGCCUCCAGCCUCCAGCCUCCAGCCCGGAGCAGCUCUGGCUCCUGCCUCCCCGCCCGUGGACACCGUGUGGCCCAGCCGGCUCCUCUCCGAAGCGCCCGGGGCCUGCCCUUCUGCGCUGUCUAGGGAGCCUGGCCUCGCUCUAGCGCUGGACGCACGGAGGGAGAGGAGUACAGGGCGGCCGGGGGCUCCCUGCCCAGCUGGGGGGACAAGCCCUGGGCACUAAGCAAGUGAGCGGGCUCUGCUCAGGUUUCAAAGGUCCCAUGAUGAGAAGGUCAAGAUGUAAAAAGGAUUAAAUGCUGCCGGUUUGUCACCCGCGGAAACCUACAGUAGUUGCUGAGAGGAGAAGACUGGCAGCCAGCAGCUGGGAGCCCCGCCAGGCAGUUGCGCCCGUGGUGACACCCCCGCUGCCCUCGGGGUCCCGUGAGCACCCUCUCCAGCGCAGGGCGAGCAGCCUGGGUGUGGGGUCGAGUACUUGAACACUUGAGACGUGUGAUGUCGACACGGACGCUGUCACGUACCGUUUGGCAGGUUGCUUUUUCCGCUCGGCCUGUGACGUCUGUGCUCACUCCGUCUUGAGCCGCGUGGACUGGGCCGCCGGCGACGAUGGUGGAUUACCUGGCCAACACGGAGAUCAACAGCCAGCGCAUCGCCGCGGUGGAGAGCUGCUUCGGGGCGUCGGGGCAGCCGCUGGCGCUGCCGGGCCGGGUGCUGCUGGGCGAGGGCGUGCUCACCAAGGAGUGCCGCAAGAAGGCCAAGCCGCGCAUCUUCUUCCUCUUCAACGACAUCCUGGUCUACGGCAGCAUCGUGCUCAGCAAGCGCAAGUACCGCGGGCAGCACAUCAUCCCGCUGGAGGAGGUGACGCUCGAGCCGCUGCCCGAGACCCUGCAGGCCAAGAACCGCUGGAUGAUCAAGACGGCCAAGAAGUCGUUCGUGGUGUCGGCCGCCUCCACCACGGAGCGCCAGGAGUGGAUCAGCCACAUCGAGGAGUGCGUGCGGCGGCAGCUGCUGGCCACGGGCCGCCCGCCCAGCACGGAGCACGCGGCGCCCUGGAUCCCCGACAAGGCCACGGACAUCUGCAUGCGCUGCACGCAGACGCGCUUCUCCGCCCUCACGCGGCGCCACCACUGCCGCAAGUGCGGCUUCGUGGUCUGCGCCGAGUGCUCCCGGGAGCGCUUCCUGCUGCCGCGCCUGUCGCCCAAGCCCCUGCGGGUGUGCAGCCUCUGCUACCGCGAGCUGGCCGCGCAGAAGCGCCGGGAGGAGGAGGAGGAGGAGGAGGGGGGGGGCGGCGGGGGCGCCCCGGGGCAGCCGCGGGCCUACCUGGCGGGGGCCGAGUGCGGGGCCUCCAGUGGGGACGACGAGGACUCCGACGAGGACAAGGAGGGCGGAGGGGACGGCGACUGGCCCAGCCGCGUGGAGUUCUACGCCUCGGGCGUGUCCUGGUCAGCCUUCCACGGCUGAGCGGCCGCCAGACGGGCCCCCGGGUGCCCCGAGACGGCGGCGGGGCGCUGGGAUCGGCCCCGGGGCCUUCGUGCCGGGCACGGGCACCCUCCUCUGGCGCCUCAGGGGAUUCCCUUUCCACUUGGCAAACCCACGUCGCCUUGGCCUCCUGGGACCUCGCGCCUUUUCUCACCUGCGGCCCCAGGUGACCCCUGGAGCCAGACAACGGCAGCACCUUCCAGGACCAGAGGGAAGACGGGACGGGAGCCCUGCGCCUGCCUCCCAGACGCGCACACCCGCGGGAGGGCCGGGGCCCUGGAGACCGGGUCGGCCCCUGCCCCUCGCGGUGCCCGUGCCCUGCUGGCUGGCCCCUCGCCGGCCCAGAGCCUGCCCUCCAGCCGUGGGGCCCCCGCCUCCGGCCCCAUGUCGCCCCUGCCCGGGCGUCCGGGGCUCUGGUCCCCCUCAGUCCCGCCCUCAUCCGUCCCCGUGCCCGGGAAAGCAGCGUUCCCUGUUAGGACCCCUCAUGGCAAGUGUCAGGAACCCUGCCCAGGCUCUGCUGUCACAAUAAAAAGAACGUUCAUUGA